AUGAUUUUAAAUGGGGCUGACGAGGGAAGAGGGGAAUGGUUGGAAUUGCGGAAGAUUUUGACAGAGGUGGCUCCAAAAAGAAAUGAGUCUGAUGGAUUCGUGUGGCCGGUGGAUGGAACGUCUGAUUAUUCUGUCCGUGGCUACUACAACAAGCUCUUACAGGAAUCAACAGAGGAAGUCGUAGAUACAACGGAAAAGGAAAUGCUGAAAGUUAUUUGGAAGUCUUGGAUGCCAUCGAAAGUUCAAGUGUUCGGGUGGAGAUUAAUGAAAGAAAGACUUGCAACAAGAGACCAACUGGUGAAAAGAGGAAUUAUUGUGACUGAUGAGGAAAGUUUAUGCGUGUUUGGCUGUUUGCAGUUGGAAGACACUAACCAUGUGUUUUCUGAACUGUAUCAAAAUUAA